UAUUCCAUGCAAAUGGAAACCAUAAACGAGCAGGAGUGGCACAUUUUAUAUCAGAUAAAACAGACUUUAAAGCAACAACAUAAUACUAGUGGGGGACUUCAAUACUCCACUGACAGCACCAGUCAGGUCAUCAAGACAGAAGAUCAACAAAGAAACAGUGGACUUAAUCUAUACCCUAGAAUAAAUGGACUUAACAGUUCUGCCUGUUUCCGGACAAGCGAGGAGAUUCAUGGUCUGGUUCUUGGACUUUCCUUGCAGGAUGGCCCCCAAACGCCAGUCUCCACUCCUGCCUCAAAAGAAGAAACCAAGACCACCUCCUGCUCGGAGACUGGAGGAGACAACGGCCUCUGCAGGCUUGCCGAAGAAGGGAGAAAAAGAACAGCAAGAAGCAAUUGAACACAUUGAUGAAGUACAAAAUGAAAUGGACAGACUUAAUGAACAAGCCGUUGAGGAGAUUUUGAAAGUAGAACAGAAAUAUAACAAACUCUGCCAACCAUUUUUUUUGGAAGAGGUCAGAAUUGAUCGCCAAAUCCCACAUUUUGGGGUAACAAUAUUUGUCAACCAUUCAGAAGUGUCUGUACUGCUUGGGGAGGAGGACGAAGAGGUACUGCAUUAUUUGACCAGAGUUGAAGUGACAGAUUUUGAAGAUAUUAAAUCAGGUAACAGAAUAGAUUUUUAUUUUGAUGAAAAUCCUUACUUUGAAAAUAAAGUUCUCUCCAAAGUAUUUCAUCUGAAUGAGAGUGGUGAUCCAUCUUCAAAGUCCACUGAAAUCAAAUGGAAAUACGGAAAGGAUUUGAUGAAACAUUCAAGUCAAACACAGAAUAAAGCCAGCAGAAAGAGGCAGCGUGAGGAACCGGAGAGCUUCUUUACCUGGUUUACUGACCAUUCUGAUGCAGGUACUGAUGAGUUAGGAGAGCUCAUCAAAGAUGAUAUUUGGCCAAACCCAUUACACUACUUGGUUCCUGAUAUGGAUAAUGAAGAAAGAGAAGAUGAUGAUGAGGAGGAGGAGGAGGAAGGAUUAGAAGAUAUUGAUGAAGAAGGGGAUAAGGAUGAAGGUGAAGAAGAUGAAGAUGAAGGGGAGGAAGGAGAGGAGGAUGAAGGAGAAAAUGACUAACAGAACACUGAUGGAUUCCAACCUUUCUUUUUUAAAAAUUUUCUCCAGUCCCUGGGAGCAAGUUGCUGUCUUUUUUUUUUCCCCUCGUGCUCAUUCACCCUGUUCUUGAGGUGUCUGUUCUCUAAACCACGGCUUUCAACUCAUUUUGGGAGAAACAACUCGAGCAUAAUACAAUGGGAAAAGAGUCUCUACCCCUUUCUGUUCGAAAUGCUUUGUUAUCCCUUCCUAUCUGACCAAAACUGGAUGGAAUCGACACCACCAAGCUCUGUGGGAAAAAAAGAAAAACCUGCUCCCUUCGUGCUACUGGAAGCUGCAGAGUGCUAGGCCCUGUGUAUUAGUGCAUAGAAUUCUAGCUUUUUUUUCUCCUUUCUCUGUAUAUUGGGCUCAAGAGAGUACACUGUGUCUCUAUGUGAAUAUGGACAGUAGGCAUUUACCAACAUGUAUCUACUUUCUCUUGUUUAAAAAAAAGAAAAAAAAACUUCAAAAAAUGGCAUUAUAGAAGGUCAGCAAAGGAUAGGUUUGAGAUGUUUGGGUGGUUAAGUGGGCAUUUUGACAACAUGGCUUCUCCUUUGGCAUGUUUAAUUGUGAUACCUGACAGACAUCCUUGCAGUUUAAGAUGACACUUUUAAAAGAAAUUCUCUCCUAAUGAUGACUUGAGCCCUCCCACUCAAUGGGAGAAUCAGCAGAACCUGUAGGAUCUUAUUUGGAAUUGACAUUCUCUAUUGUAAUUUUGUUCCUGUUCAUUUUGAAAUUUUCUUUUUAUUUCACUG